GUUAUUAAGCGCGUGGGCCCACUCAAUGAGAAGGCUGGUUGUUAUGCUGCAGUUGGCAGGCUGCUGCGGGAGGCGGUGGCGGUGGCGGUGGCGGUAGGAAGCCUGAGGCUGCGGGGUGACAGAAUUGGAGAAUAUUUAACUCUCAACAAAUGAAUUCCACACUUGAACUCUGCCGCAUUCCUGUGCCACCUCCUCCUUUAGAAAACUGAUCCUAAGACAGAGAUAAAAGAAGAAUAGAAGGUAAAGGAAGAUGCUGGGAUCGGAACGAGCUGUUGUGGAAGAAUGGUUAUCAGAAUUCAAGGCAUUACCUGACACUCAGAUUACCAGUUAUGCAGCAACCUUGCACCGGAAAAAAGCCCUUGUACCAGCUCUCUAUAAAGUUAUUCAGGAUUCAAACAAUGAGCUCCUGGAGCCUGUCUGCCACCAACUGUUUGAGCUCUAUCGUAGCUCUGAAGUUCGACUUAAGAGGUUCACACUGCAGUUCCUGCCCGAAUUGAUUUGGGUUUAUUUGCGACUUACAGUUAGUAGAGACAGGCAGAGCAAUGGCUGCAUUGAAGCACUUCUCCUAGGAAUUUAUAAUUUGGAAAUUGCUGAUAAAGAUGGAAACAAUAAAGUGCUGUCUUUCACUAUCCCUUCCUUGUCUAAGCCUUCAAUAUACCAUGAACCCUCAACAAUUGGAUCCAUGGCUUUGACAGAAGGGGCAUUAUGUCAGCAUGAUCUCAUCAGGGUUGUUUACAGUGAUCUUCAUCCUCAGAGAGAAACAUUCACUGCACAGAACCGGUUUGAAGUCCUAAGUUUUCUCAUGCUGUGCUAUAAUUCAGCGAUUGUGUAUAUGCCUGCAUCAUCUUACCAAUCUCUUUGUCGGAUGGGUUCCAGGGUUUGCGUGAGUGGGUUUCCACGACAACAUGAGAAACAGUGGAAGGAGCUCUGUGGUCGAAUUGUAUUAGAUCCUGAAUUUAUGGUGCAACUUCUCACAGGAGUUUACUAUGCCAUGUAUAAUGGACAGUGGGACCUUGGCCAGGAAGUACUUGAUGACAUCAUUUACAGAGCUCAGCUAGAACUCUUUUCUCAGCCACUCUUGGUGGCAAAUGCCAUGAAAAAUUCAUUACCAUUUGAUGCACCUGACUCUUCACAAGAAGGCCAGAAAGUACUUAAAGUGGAAGUCACUCCAACAGUGCCGAGAAUUUCUCGGACUGCAAUUACAACAGCUUCAAUUCGUCGUCAUAGAUGGAGAAGAGAAGAUGGCUUUGACUUCUCAAACGAGGCUGACUCGAGUAUUCCUGGCUCCCCGAUCCAACACGGCUCCACUGACCUAGGGAUCAAACGUGUGCAAGAGGGGGAGGUGCUGGUGCGCAGGACCCCUGAGCAUGGCUCGCCGGAGCCCACCUCAGCAGCAGCCACAACAGAGGGUGCUGAGGGUCUAAAUGGCGGAGAGGAGUCCUUAAACAUGAAUGAUGCAGAUGAAGGAUUUUCAUCAGGGGCUUCUCUUAGCAGCCAACCACAUGGGACCAAACCACCCUCCUCUUCUCAGCGGGGAAGCUUGCGGAAAGUAGCAACUGGGCGUUCCGCCAAAGACAAAGAAACAGCAUUAGCCAUCAAAUCCAAUGAGAGCCCUCGAGAUUCAGUAGUUGGAAAGCAGUUUGUACAACAACAAGCAGAUCUCAGCAUAGAUUCAGUUGAGCUGACACCGAUGAAGAAACACUUGAGCCUGCCUGCAGGCCAGGUGGUGCCAAAAACCAAUAGUCUGAGUCUAAUCCGGACAGCCAGUGCUUCCUCAAGUAAAUCUUUUGACUAUGUAAAUGGCGGUCAAGCAAGUACCAGCAUUGGGGUUGGCACUGAGGGAGUUACUAAUCUAGCAGCUACAAAUGCUAAUCGAUAUUCAACUAUCAGUCUACAAGAAGACCGGCUAGGUCACGCUGGUGAAGGUAAAGAGCUCCUCAGCCCAGGAGCCCCCUUAACCAAGCAGUCUCGAUCCCCAAGUUUCAAUAUGCAGCUAAUAUCCCAGGUGUAGUUCUGAUGCCCCUUGUUCUGCUAACCUUCUACACUGAACAUUUCAUUGUGCAAGACACGUCAUCCCGCAUUGUGAAAAGAUGUCACUGUCAUCAGAUUUGACUUAGCUUAGGUAUCUCAUACUGUAUUUUGUAUGGAAACAGCAAUAAGGUUUUCCUUUCCUUUCUUUUAACCUCUCUACCUAUUCCCUUAAAUGUGUUUGUGAAGCAGUGUAAAACGUUUGCCUUUUCCAUGCCUUCCUUUCUCCUUGGGUGAUGUGCAAUCCAUCGUAGGCUGAUCGGUCCCAUUUCAACACUGUGAGACUGAGGAGAUGUCGAGGAAAUGGUGUAUAAGAUCCCUAUGAAAUGAUUCUUUGGCUUUUGUUUAAAAACAAAACGGGUUUGUUCACAUAAUCUAUGAACUAUGAAGAUAACUGGAUCAUAUGUUUUCUCUCUAACCAGGAGUGCCUCAGAGAUUCUGCUAUGACUUUGGGCUUCUCUGAGCCUGUGCAAUUUUAUAUUCUUGGGAAGCAUGGGGGAAAGUGGUAGACUACUGCAAUUUUUUUAUUAAAAUGAGGCUAACUGCCCCCCUUACUUUAUCCCAAGGACACAAAUGUUUAAUUAUUGAGGCAUUUAAAUCAAUUUGUGACCACCUCCAUUGGAGGGUAGGGCUCUAAGUUGAUUGUGUGAUUGAUAAUGCACUUUCUCAAUGGCUCUCUAGUCAUUAACAACAGGUCUUCCCUCCUCCCACAAGGACUUAAGGACAUUUCUGCCCUUAAAGUUUGAACUAACAAAUCAGAGACUCAAAGGGGCGUGUUCUAUUUCCCAGGAAUGAUUGAUAUUAUGGUGCUGGGGCUUUGUUGGGGGAAGGGUGUUGUUUGUUUAGUUUGUGUGAGAUUGUAAAUGAGGUGAAGUUAUAAUUGUUUUCUUUCUUCCUUUCCUUUGUGAGUUGGUGAUGACUGAAGUAGACACUGUACGUCUUCAGGUAAAGAGAGGGAUUUCUCAGUCCACUCUCUGAGAUAUCAGACUAGAGAAACCCUUUCAGCUGCUUCCUAGAUGUACCUAGAUUCAGUCAGAUAUGGGAUACAGAAACCUAAAGUCCUGAGAUCAUAUACUCCAAGGAAACACAUCAGGGACAGGUGAUUGGUUGAAAACACUGAUGCUUCUAUGUGACACAUUUGUAUAGAACAUUUCUACCAGAGGGUACUGACUUGAUUGCUCUACAAGGACCACACUGCCUUUGUGUUUAUUGCAGUUUGUGUAUCUUCUGAUUAUCUGCAAAGUUUCUCGUUUUUAUAAAACGUUGAAAUCAUGCCAGUAAACUAGAUGUUGAAUGUAAAUGAGUAGCAUUUGGUAACUGCUAAGAGGCUACAAAAAUGCAUUAUUAGUUUAAAGGAUUUUUGUUGUGAUUUGGUUGGAUAAGACUUUCUUAUAAUCUCUUCUGGGUCUCAGGCUUUGUUUGAAAAAGAAGGGAAUAUAUUAGGAUUUUAAAAAUCAGUAUUGUGUGACUUCAAUUGCUAUGAAUUACCCAUCUCAAGAACAUCAGUUACACACACCCUUGUACAUGUAGACAUUUUAUGUAUUGUGAAUGAAAAUUACACUGCCUAUAUAGGAAGCAAGUGUCCUCUUAAUUGACAAAGUUGUUUUAUCUCUAUUUACCGUAAAAUUUGAUAAAUUAAAUAGCCAGGAAAACGCCUCUCUUUUUUUUUUCAUACAUAAACCACCAUUUUUGGAGGAGUUGUCUAUCUGUCCAUCUGUCUGUCUGCAUUGUGUUAGAAUAAUCCUUAAUUAGAUUUGAUAGUUUAUAACAUUUUUCAGCUCCCAGCAAAUAGGGAACUAGAACCUCAGCUAUUAUCCACAUCAUUGCCAAACUUUGGAGUAAAACUAAAAGCUGAAAUGUGAUCUAUUGAUUGUUUAUAAUAUGCGUAUGAUAUGUGUAUCCAUUUAUCACAGACACAUUUUAGCCCUAUUUCUACUAAUUUAACUAAGAGAUAUCAAGUAAACUUAAAAGAAAAAAGAAUUGUAAAAUAGUAAAAUAAAAUGUUUUUGUAACCUACUGAACAGAGAGGCUUUGUGGUGCAUAAGGAAGGUAUCAGUCUUAGAUGGCAAAGCACGCCUACUUCAUGCUGGAGCUCACAGGCGCACAUGUAACAGACUGGCAUUUAAACCAAGCAUUUUAAAUAAAGCACAAGAGAAUACCAAAUAACUUGAAAGUAUAGCAUAAACUGUUGUAAAUAUGAGAAAAAAUCUUUUGAUUAGAAACAUCAUAACUGAAGAGUUGGUUUAAGAAUCAGGAAUGGUGGCAUACACCUUGAAUCCCAGCACUCCAGAGGCAGAAGCAGGUGAAUCUCUGAGUUCAAGGCUGGCCUGGUCUACAGAUGGAGUUCUAGGACAGCCAGGGCUACACAGAGAAGGCCUGUCUCAGAAAAGAAAAAAAAAAAAAAAAAAAGGUUUUUUUCAUCUUUUUGUUGGCAUGUGUAGACUUUGUAUAUACAUCCCAAGUAAUAUUUCACAAUCCUGAAACAUUUGCUUCAUAUUCUUUGGGCUAUAAUUUGGUCUCAAUGAACAAGUUCUUCAUUUACACUUUAUAGCAAGGGUCUUAGAAUACAUUUUCUGUGUAAGAUAACAGUUAAAAUGAAAUGAAUUAAAAUUAGACAAACUACCAAGUUUUCUAAUGAUCAUUUCAACCACUUUAUGUUACCAUCAUUGAAUUUAAAAUGGUUUUUGUUCAGUUAUACAGCAGCUGUUAAAAAUGUCAUAGAAAGUUAGAAAUGUCCAUAAUUUAACCUUUAAUAACUUCCCUUUAAUAUUUCUCAGCUUUCAUGAAGCUUCAUCGCACUAGUAGAAAAAAAGCAUUUAGGGGAAAAUAUUUGUCUUAUAUUGAUGCCAUCUGUACUAGGUUAGAUUAAGGACUACAGUAUCUGAAGGUUUUAGGAGUUUUUCUAUAUGACUUUCAGUUAGUUUUACUGGUAAGAAAGCUAAAAUAUAAAGUAAAAAGUUAACUUACAAGCUAGGGAGGGAAGAGUUGUCAUUUAAAAUCUUGGUCCUUUGCCAAUGCCCCUUUUUUCGCAGCCCACUGUGCUGUGCCUGUUUGUUGCAGAUCAGGUUUCUGUGCUAGAAGAGACCCUAGAGAUAAUUUGGCUCUUCUCUCUGCCAUACACACACAUUGCAUCCUCAGGACACUGAGGCUCAAAGGAGGAUGUGAAAUAAGGCCCAUGACUAAGAAGCAGGGCCAUAAUCAAACCUUGUCUCUAGUCACGUGCAUAUUGAUGCCUCAUUGCCUCUGGUUAUCCAUACUUUAGUAAAUGUGAUAUGAAACACUUCCAUUUCUGCUAUUUCUUUAUGUUUCUGGUCUAGUAGCUGGUGAACACAUUAAGAAAAGUAUUAAUUCCAGAAGGAAAAAAAAAGUAAAAUAAUUAAUACAGAUGGGGAUGUGUUCAAAAUGUAGGUGUCUGUAUAGCACAUUAUUCUUUUCUAAUUUAUGCCUUGUGAAUUUUCUACCACAUAACAGUUAUAUGCUGCCAUGUUAUUUGUAUUUUGGGGGAUUUGUUUAGAUGCAAAAUAAACCCAAUGAAAUUUCCUUGAUCAGUGUUUCUAACUAUUUGAAAGUGAUCUUUAAUCAGCCAGUUUUCAGUCAUCAAAGGUACACUGUAGAAGAUUGCAGAGUAAAGAUAAACUCAAUUCCAUUCAUUUUUCAUCUAGAGAGAAAUUGUUCCUUACUCGGCUUAGAGUAGAUAAGAGCAAUAUUCCUCUACGUUACUGAAAAAGAAGAAUAGUGAGUGUGAAACUUUGAAUCCAUGCACAGUGGUCUCUGGGUCAUUUAUCACAUAUAGACCAGAUAAAAACAACUCAAGUGUGGUAGUCUUAGCUACAUAAGCUCAGUAUCUCCAGCUGGUAGUCUCGAUUCCAUUUAGUAGCUUUUACAUUCCGUUGCAUUUGUCUGCACUGCUUUUGUGAAUACCUUAAUGCAGUGGUGCGUUUUUCCUACCUCACUUAGGAGGCUUCUUUGGGUCCAUUGUUUAGUACUUAAGUUGUUGACAAUCAGUGUCUCAUUUAAUCCACUGUAUGUUUAUUUAUAAAUAAAAAUACUAGUUUCUGUCUUUAUGGGUAGGGUAACAUACUGUAUAAACACUGGCAAGUGGGACCACUCCAUUUCUGAACUUGAAUUACAUUAUAAAGUAAGGUUUUUCUUUUUAAUUUAAUGAAAAAGUUUAGUAUUCCAAUGACAUAGUUUUUCAAUUUAAAGAGAUUAAUAUGUCAUGCUAGUGGUCAGAAAUUCUACAACAUUAGAACGUAGAGCAACUUUUCUGCACUGUGGUUAUAUCAAGCAUUAAAACAGGAGGCUUUUCUCUCUCAAGCAAAAUGACCACUGCCGUUGCUUCACCACCAAGUUGUGAGAUACUUACUAUAAUACUUCUAAUUUCCUUAAAGUGGUUUCCAAAAAUAAGUGACUGAAAACUAGCUACUGGCAGCUUAACCUCUUAAAAAUAGAAUAUUUACCAGAUUAUAUAAACAUGGAAUAUAGUGUAAAAAUAAAAUAAUGAGUCAUCAGGUUAGUACAAUUUUCCAUGCAAAGGAGAUGAGCCAAAUUCUAGUAUUGUUUAUAGUGUGUGAAUCUAAUGGAUGCAUCACACUGGUAUGAAACUACUACAUAGGAGGCACAGCCCAGCCUCUUGUCCUUGUAGAUGCAUCUCGUUUAAUCCUGACAACAUAAUGACAACAUUUCUCUUUUUUCCUCCAGUAUUUUUGUAAUGUUAGCCAUUUGUCCUAUGAAAAAUAAAAUCCAAGACCAAAUAAUUCAGGACACAGUCUCACAGAAAUGUCGGGUCGUGUGAGGUAACUGGCGGAAUAGCAUAGGAGAGUUUCUGUGUUUUGCUUCUGAAUUUUGAGAAGAUGGGUUCUUAAUGUUUACAAAUUAAGGCAUAGUCGUAUGUCUGAUAGUAAUUAUACUACUACAUUUAAUAUGGUUUUACCAAAAAAAAAAAAAAAAGGUAGAAUUAGGUGUAUUUUAAGGUAUAAGUCAACUUUUUUUUAAAACUUGUGUAUCUGGAAGUAGAAGGUCUUUUCAUUGACAAAGAAAAAUGAACUUAAUCAGAUAAUCUGCCCCAUCUGCAAGUUUGCUAUGCAGUUGCUGUAUUUUGGUGUAAACAGCUCAGUGUCACUCAUAUCAGAAAACAUCUUACGUCUUCAUCAAUUUACAAAAUUUACCAAAGAAAAUGUUUCUGCUGACAAAUCAUUUUUAAGGCAUCUAUUAAGGAAUGUACCCCCCUUUAAUGUAGUGACUUCUUUCUAACCCUGAAAGAAACAAAUAUUAAUACAUUAUGUGAACUAGAAAACAUAUACAGUAAAUAGAUAAUAUCCUAUUUUUCCCUACAUCAAUAAGAUGUCAGUACUCAACUGAGAGUACCAAUUAAAGAAUAAGUCUUAAUUUUAUUCCUUAUGACAUAUUUUUAUUAAAGUUAAGGAUUUUGCAUAUCAGUAUUGGAAUAAAUGGGGGAAACUCCUGAAGUUGGUAUAUUGUAUAUUAUGGGUUGUUUAGGUAAAAUUAUAGGAAAAAUUAUUGAAAGGUACCCUUCAAUGGACAGUGUCAUCUAUUUCUAGUAUAAUACUAGCUAUACUGAUAUGGUUAGGUUAGUUUACAUUUAUGUCUGUGUUCACUCUUGACUGCUUUUUGUCUUUGCAUUAAAACAUGGUUGGGUUAAAAGAAGAUAAAAUAACUGCUUCUGAAAUAUGUAGGCCAAAAAGAUCUACAGUGUUUAAGCUGUCUAAUGAUUUCUUAAAUAACGAUUUAUAGUUGUUUUUUUAACUGCUAUUUUAAACACGUUCUUUAAUUUUUUAAUACCACAUUAUAGUUAAUAAAUAUUUAAGUGGUGUGGUAGUACAUGCCUUUAAUCCCAGCACUCAGAGGCAGAGGGAGGCAGAUCUCUGAGUUCAAGGCCAGGCUGGUCUAUAGAGUGAGUUCCAGGACUGCCAAGGCUACACAGUGAGACCCUGUCUCAAAACAACAAACAAAAAAUGUAUUGUUCUUGGGAAGAGAAGAUUGGCCUUCAAAUAAUGACUGAUAAUGGUUUGUAUUACUUUUAAUUUUAUUAUCUGAAUACAGUGCAAAGAUAAUAUUCCAUUUGAUGUUAAAAAUAUUAGUAUGAGGUUUAUCAUGUUUUUUUACACUGAAUCUUUUUGGUUCUAAAAACUAGGCUGGCUAACAUUCAGUUUAAAACUGAUUAGAUGAAACUGUUUUAGCAGUGUACAGAUUUUACUACCUUGGCUUUAUGUACUGUGAUUUCUGUAACAGGCAAACAGAACAUCCCAUUUUCAUUAUUUGUUUCUGUAAAAGGACAGAUAUAUUUGAUCAGCCUAUUGUUAUUGUUAACCUGUAUCAAUUUAUAGCUUGGUAUAAACUUCCCAAGUAUUGAGAGGAUUCUGCUGGUGAACAUUAUGGGUAGGCAUAUAAGAAGUAUGAUCUUUAUUAAGAGAUGUCUUUCAACUUAGGACUAGUGAAAAAUCUUUUUUUGUUUGUUUCAGAGCUGAAGAAAAAAAAAACCAAAAUGCACAUUUAAGAUCUUAUGUACUGGUGCAUGUGAGCCAUUAUCUUGUCUUAUUGAAUGGAUCGAUGCUGUUGAUUGUUGAAAUGUGAAAUGUGUCACUGUUGAACUUGUAAAUAUCUGCCAGAGAUGAAAAAUAUUUUAAUUUAUUGUAAAUAAAGAUGUAUAAAAUUUAGUAUCCGUCUGCAAUGCAGAAAUAAAACAUCUCAGAUGUUAAAUAUUGUGUCUCCUGAGGGAUGUGUCAUUCCCCCCUUGAUGUAUCUAGCUACAUUAAGAAUGUAAAAUUUCUUUUGUACAGUAUAAAAAUACAGCUUUAUUUGGCUUUUAACUGGA